GGUUCACCGAAGACUGACACUCUUGCUCUUGCAAUUUCGUGAACUGAGAUAUGUCGUUGAUUAACAGUUUUUUCUUUAAGUUCGAAAGACAAUUCGAUAAUGAAUUAGCAAAGACGUGGCUGAGCGAACAAUGGAAUUAUUCGAUAUUUUAUGUUGGUGUUUAUCUUUUCGUUAUUUUUGAACUGAAGCACCUAAUGGAGAACAGAGAUAGGCUGAAUAUAGACAAAUUUCUGGCGGCAUGGAACACAACUUUGGCAGCUUUCAGCAUCAUUGGAACGUUCAGAACAUUUCCUGAACUUUUCCGAACGCUCACCGAAACUGGAUUUUACGAAUCUAUAUGUGAUUCUUCCUACGUUGCUACAAAUAGAGUGACUGGUACUUGGAUGUUCCUGUUCGUACUCAGUAAAUUCAUGGAAUUAGGAGAUACAAUUUUUUUGGUACUUAAAAAACGGCCUCUUACUUUUCUACAUGUGUACCAUCAUAUUGUGGGCUUGUUAUAUACCUGGUACAGUUAUAUAGAAUUCUCUUCAACAACAAGAUGGUUUUCAGUGAUGAACUUUAUUGUGCACUCGAUUAUGUACACCUAUUUUGCUCUGAGUGCGAUGAAGUACAAACCUCCCAAACAAUUCGCAAUGAUGCUUACAGGACUCCAAAUAAUUCAAAUGAUAAUUGGUUGUAUCAUCAAUCUAACCAUUUAUGGAUUUUUUAUUAGAAAUAUUGACUGUCAAGUGACUAUGUGUAAUGUAAUUCUUUCUUCAAUUAUGUAUGCGAGUUUUCUCUUUAUGUUCAGCAAAUUUUUCAUGAAUGCCUAUAUUAGAAAAGCUAUGAAGAGGAAAGCAGUAUAGAUGUGAUAAAUGAAUUAUAUUCUCGAUUAUUUCGAAACAUGCUUACAUAUUCAUUCUUAUUUAUAAUAGUACUAUUCUUUGAAAUAA